AUGCUCCCCCGCAAAGGCGCAUCGCAUAGACAUUGCUUACACCAGCCCCGCCCGCUGCUGAAAGCCCAACCAACGCUCGCCGCGCUUUGCAACGUCUUGCGCAGUGCGUGGGCUGGCUGGCUGGCUGGCUCAUGGCUCUUCUCUGCAAGCGCUCGUGAGUCGUUGAGUGUGCGGAUGCGCUAAAAGCCGACAACAUGCUCGCUCAUGCCCCUCAUCCCCUUCCCCAUCCACACCAUCCUCUACGCAAGAUUACUUCCCCCCAAAAGCUCACAGCUCUCAAAACACUUUCACCCCCCACCCACGCACACAUCGAGUCAAAAUGUCAGACUUCAAGUCCAAGGCUUUGUUCGACCAGAUCACUGAGGGUCUCAACGGCAUGUCCGACAAGGAGAAGAAGGACAUCCAAAAGGUGAGUUUCGACUUCACACAGUCUGGUCGUCGGUGGAGAUGGCGCUCGGACGGGCGGCCUUGUGAUGAGAUCUCGCCUCCCUCGAGGACGACACCGGGCCAAGCUCCGGCUCCGAAACGAGAUUCAGCCCUGGCGCUCCCCCCCUCAGCGCUGAGAAUCUCAGCAGUAUCGAGCGGCUCUCGGAGACCCUUCUCCCUUCUUUGGCAUCAUUCCUCGACUCUUCUCCGAUUGUGUAGGAGGGUGCUCUGCAGGUUGCGCUUAUAUAAAUCGCACACCCACUCGAGCAAUGAUAAGGGUCACCUUUGCUCACCUCUGAUCCUUUCCGCUCUCCACUCUCUCUUCACGCCUUUGCGCCCGCAAAUCCGACGAGUAGAAGACCAACGGUGUCUUCGAGCUCCACAUCAAGAACGGCGCUGGCAAGGAGUACGUUCACACCAUUGACCUCAAGAAGGUGAGUUUGCUACUCGGAACUGCUUGUUGGUUCGGCCAUGCAUGCCAGUCAGAGGCCCUCCUUUGCCGCGCUCGCAGAGCAUUGUUCGCUCACUCCUUCGUCAUUCUUGCCUUGAACAGAACGCCGAGUCUUACGAGGGCAAGGCAAAGGGCAAGGCUGACGUCACCAUCAACUGCACUGAUGACAGUGAGUGUGGUCACCCAGUUACUGCAAAUGCACGAUUGUGCGCCCACGGUAGAAUCGCUUUUUGACACUGUUCCGUGAUGUUCAUGCAUUCACUCAGCCUUCAUGGACAUGGCCGACGGCAAGGUCAACGGCCAAAAGGCCUUCAUGUCCGGCAAGCUGAAGGUGUGAGUAUUGCGCUGGAGAUGCAUUGCCCGCCCUUGGAGACCAUGCACGUGGUCCGAUGAUUCUGACUAUUGUGCAACGUUUGGUGACACAGGAAGGGCAACAUCAUGCUCGCCACUAAGCUUGACGGUGUGCUCAAGUCUCAGCAAAAGGCGAAGAUGUAA